GUAAAAGGGUCAGGGAGGAAGAUUCGAACAGAGUUGAGCUCAAAAAUGAGCCCCCCCCCCCUCCUCCCUCCCCGCCCGCCGAAAAGAAAGGAAAAACAAGGUAGGAGAAAGACUUGGCGAACUGGAAAGUAGAAAGCGAGGCGAGUGGGCGGGGUAGGGAGGAUUGUGCCCAGGCCAAUGAGUGAUGCCGGGACGGGUGACGUCACAGCCAAUGGACAGCCAGCGCGGGACUUUCAAUUGUCGCCCCGCCCGAUCGGAAGAAGACGGUGCCUAUAAAGAGUGCGGCGGCGGGCCGAGGCCCCGUUACUCUCGCUGCCGCUGCGCUGGUGAGUUGGUGUUUUGGUUCGCUAUGGCCCGUACAAAGCAGACCGCCCGCAAGUCGACCGGCGGCAAGGCCCCGCGGAAGCAGCUGGCCACCAAGGCGGCCCGCAAGAGCGCGCCCGCCACGGGCGGCGUGAAGAAGCCGCACCGCUACCGGCCGGGCACCGUGGCCCUGCGGGAGAUCCGGCGCUACCAGAAGUCCACCGAGCUGCUGAUCCGCAAGCUGCCGUUCCAGCGGCUGGUGCGCGAGAUCGCGCAGGACUUCAAGACGGACCUGCGCUUCCAGAGCUCGGCCGUGAUGGCGCUGCAGGAGGCGAGCGAGGCCUACCUGGUGGGGCUGUUCGAGGACACGAACCUGUGCGCUAUCCACGCCAAGCGCGUCACUAUCAUGCCCAAGGACAUCCAGCUGGCUCGCCGCAUCCGCGGGGAGCGGGCUUAAAGUGCGCGCUCGGCUCGAGGUUCCAUCCCAUCCAAAGGCUCUUUUCAGAGCCACCCACGACGGCACCUGAAAGAAGCUGUGCCACUCGUCUUCGCUCUCUUCCGGCCGACGCUCUCAUACUCUGCCACCUCCCCUGUGCAAAGCAGACCCGUCCCCCCCCCCCCGCCCCCGCCCCCGCACCGCGCGGAUGAGGCACCAGAACCGGGUAAAGCGGAGGGUCUCCCGGCAGGUAGCUCGCGGGGCCACGCGCCGAGUCCAGGGGCGUCCCGUCCCGUUUGUUGGCUCCCUUUUUCGGGUGCGGCCAGGACCCCCACUUCGGCUUCUGUGGGGCGGGCAUGCGUGCUCUCUUCCUGGGGUGUCCUUACGUGCCCCACGGUGGCCCCGGGUUGUAAGCUGUCGGGACAGGAGACGAGGGGCCUUGGGCUCCAGGACGGGCCGAGACGACGAAGAGUCCCUAGGGAGCGGUCCGGACUCGGCUGGCCCGGCUUCUUCCCCAGCGGGAGCCGUGCUCCCGCGGCCUCCACACCCCCGCCGGAAGUGGCCCCCAGAGGCGCGGCGCUCCGGCUGGUGGGAGGGGGCAAAUCCGCCACCUUGGUACCGCCAGGUUUCUGCUAGGUCGUCGUCGGGAUUCCCAAACCCUGCCUGCACGUCGGGUGUCGGUAACGCCCAGGUUGCCCCGGGCAGCGGGACACUUAGCGGGUGCCAUUCAUCCCCUUCACCCACUUUGUCAAAACUCCCUUGCUCGCCGCAGCGACGUUGCCAGAGGUCUCGCGCUCUGCACUUUCUCCCCCCGCCUUUCUCCCCCCGCCCCGCCCCGCCCCGCCCUUUGUUUCGAAUGCCAAGGAACCUUAAGGAAGAAGGUAGGAUUGGGCAGCUCCGGGCAGGAACACACAGGACAAAGAGGGUCUGGCUUGUGUGGCCCAGCAUUCAGCUCUGACAGUCCUAUGGGUUUCUCUAAAACAGCCGCGGUGGGAAGAUGGACCGGGAUUCAAAGGCCUCCUCAACACGACACCACUCCCCGGGAGCUCCGCCUGGUCGGUAUCCUUCCCUGCUCACGUCCACAGCAGGAGACUCGCGAUUCUUCCAGGAGGACAACCCCACAUGCAGAGACAUUUGAGGAGUUUUGUGCAGGUACUUGAGUUAUCCAGCGCGGGGGCGCUCAGUAGUUCAAGCUCUCGGGCGGCUGGAACCAAGGGAAGGCAGAGCACGCCCUGCUCCCUUCCCCUCCUUGCCCACGUCUGUCUGCCCCAGCAUCUGUGCGGGCGGAGGCUUGAGUUUCUCUCCGAGGGGCCACUCUUAUUACACCAGAUGAAAUGGAAGUCUUCACGCCUCUCGGGGUCUUAGAAAUGAGUCUGUUUACCUAGAAGAGUGGGGCAGGACCUCGGGAAGCUGGCAUUACACGAGCAAGAACUCAAACACCAGCGGCUGUGUGCGUCUCAGAUUGACACCUCUUAUCCUUGAUCGUCGUUUAUGUACACCCGGAAGAGACCAGAGUUGGUGGUUUCGUUCACACAGAGAUUGGUGAAAAUUCACGGAGGGGAGCAGAAACAGGCAGAGAUAACUUUUGAAAACUUUUGCCCUUUGCAAGGAGUGUGGGGAGGAAAGAAAGAGAGAGAGGAAGGAAGGAAGAAAACUUUUUCUGCUCCUGCCAGAGGGUCCCCAGUUUUCAGCCCCAGACUCAGAGAUUUUCAGAAUAGGCCCUGUGACCGGCUGAAUUGUGUCUUUCCUGCCCCCCCCCCCCCCCCCCCCCAGCAAUUCCUGUGUUGAAGCUCUAACUCCUAGUACCUCAGAAGGUGACUGUAUUUGGAGAUAGGGCCUUUGAAGAGGCAUUUAAGUUAAAAUGUCAUUAGGAUGUGCUCUCAUCCUAUAUGAGUAGUGUCUUUUUUAUAAGAGGAGAUCAGGACACAGUCAGCACAGAGGGACGACCAUAAGAGGACACAGUGAGAAGGCAGCCACCUGCAGGCUAAGGAGAGGCCUCAGAGGAAACCAAAUCUGAUGACAUCUUGAUCUUGGACUUCUUAACACAAAAAGAGGUUUUUUUCUGAACAACUCUUUCCCGGCUACUGGCUGCCAGAAACUCAUUGAAGUGGACGAUGAACGUGAACUUCGUACCUUUUAUGAGAAGCGAACAGUCACAGAAGUUGCUGCUGAUGCUCUAGGUGAAGAGUGUAAGGGUUACGUGUUCCAAAUCAGUGGUGACAAUGACAAACAAGGCUUCCCCAUGAAGCAGGGUGUCUUGACCCAUGGCUGUGUCUGCCUGCUGCCGAGUACAGGGCCUUCCUGCCACCGACCCAGAAGGACUCUGGGGGAAGAAAGCGCAGAUCUGUUCAGGCUUGCAUUGCGGAUGUCAAUCUCAGUGUUCUCAACUUGGUCAUUGUAAAAAACGGGGAGAAGGAUACUCCUGGACUCACUGAUCCUACUGUGCCUUGUCGCCUGGGGGCCCCAAAGACCUAGCA